AUGAAGGUCUCGCAGGUGUACCUAUCGUUGUUGGGCCUGCUGCCGGCGGUAGCAGGUCUCGGUCAACAGUCAAUUGUUGCCUUUAACAAGUCAGAUGAUGCUUUUCAACUUGUUGGUGGAGAUGCUGGGUCUGGCCAGAUUCGUGUCUCUAAGGAUGAGUACUGGGGCGUCAUUCGCGCGGCUGGUGAUCUCGCGGUCGACUUUGGCCGUGUUACAGGCACGAACUUCACUCUGAGCAACGGCAAGAAGAAGGCAUCACCGGCCAAGUAUAAGUUUAAGCCUGUGAAUGUCAAGAACAACACACAUUUCCGCACUCUUGAUGAACAGCACUUCUCAGGACCAAACUACUCAGACCCCAACGCUGGCAACACCAAGAUCAUCGUUGGUACAAUUGGCCACUCUGAGCUCAUUGACAAGCUCAUCAAAGAUGGCUCACUCGACGUUAGCAAGAUCAAAGGCAAGUGGGAGUCUUUCGUCAGCCAGCUCGUCAAAGAUCCCAUCAAGGGCACUGCUGAAGCCCUGGUCAUUGCCGGAAGUGACCCCAGAGGUACAAUCUACGGUAUUUAUGACAUCAGCGAGCAGAUCGGUGUGAGUCCUUGGUACUGGUGGGCAGAUGUCCCAAUCCGCAAGCGAGAUGAGAUCUUUGUGCUCGCCAAGCCCAAAAUUCAGAAGUCUCCAUCAGUAAAGUACCGUGGUAUCUUCCUCAACGAUGAGCAGCCCGGUCUUUCCAGCUGGGUCGGUUCACGUUGGGACCCAACCUGGAACAACAAGGCUCCCUACAACCACGAAUUUUACGCCCUCGUCUCGGAACUACUUCUCCGUCUUCGAGCCAACUACCUCUGGCCCACUGUCUGGGGGAGUAUGGUCUACAUCGACGAUCCUCUCAACCAGCCACUUCUCGACGCUUACGAGAUUGUUCUCGGUGGAUCUCACACUGAGCCCAUGAUGCGAGCACAGAACGAGUUCCGAACGUUCUACGAGGGUGAGUGGCAGUACAAGACCAACAACGAGACCAUCGACGAGUACUUCCGUUAUGGUGUUUCUCGUGCCAAGCCAUAUGCUAGAAACAGUCUUUGGACUAUGGCCAUGCGAGGAACUGGCGACACAGCUAUUGAAGGUGAUCUCGGCAUUGAUGGGAUUGUUGAGAUGCUCGAGACCCUUGUUGACAAUCAGCGGGAGAUCCUCAAGGAAGGCCUCAAGGUUAAGAACUUGACUGAUGUUCCAUCUUUGUGGUGUCUCUACAAGGAGGUUCAGUCUUAUCAAGAGCGUGGCCUUGUCGUUCCCGAGGACAUCACCCUUCUCUGGGCUGAUGACAACUGGGGCAACAUCCGUCGUCUACCUCUCGCGAACGAGACAGAUCGCUCUGGCGGUGCUGGUGUCUACUACCACUUCGACUACGUUGGUGAUCCCAGAAACUACAAGUGGAUCAACACUAUUCAACUCGAGAAGACCACCGAGCAGAUGACUCUCGCCUACCACCGAAACGCGCGUCGCAUUUGGAUCGUCAACGUAGGUGAUCUCAAGCCAAAGGAGAUUCCCAUCAGCCACUUCAUGGAUCUCGCCUACGACGUCGAGAAGUGGGAGAAGGAGGGUACAACCAAGUGGGUUGAGGCUUGGGUUGAGCGGGAAUUCGGCAGUGAACACGUCGAGGCCAUCACGAGCAUCAUGACGCGCUAUGGCAUGUACGCUGCCCGCCGCAAGUUCGAGUUGCUCGAACCCCAAGUCUACUCUGUGAUCAACUACCAUGAAGCCGAGGCUAUUCUUGAGCAGUGGGCUACUUUGAAGGAGGAUACACAGGCUGUUUACGACAAGCUUGAUAAAGAGUAUCAGCCCGCUUUCUUCGAGAUGCUGCUACAUCCUGUUCUUGGUGGUGAGAUCGUGAAUAAGAUUCAGAUCUACGGCGCUAGGAACCAGUUGUACGCGGGACAGAAGCGUAACUCUGCUAAUGAUGUUAUCUGGAAGUCUGUGGAUUUGAUGUACAAGGAUUCGAAUCUGACUCAGCGAUGGAAUGAGGUUCUUGAUGGCAAGUGGGCACACAUGCUCGAUCAAACUCACCUUGGCUAUGAUGGAUACUGGCAACAGCCAAUGAGAAACACCCUCCCCGAUCUCCGCUUCGUCCAAGAUGUCUGGCCAUCACUCGGCGGCCAAUACGGCGUUGGCGUCGAGGGUUCCAACGCCACUAUCCAGGGCGACAGCCGCUGGCACUCCUUGUCCUCCAACAGCCUUGAACUCCCUCCUCUGGAACCCCACGGCGCCCAGUCCCGAUACUUCGAUGUAUUUCACCGUGGAAACAAGGGCUGCAACUGGCGCGCAGCACCAUGGGAGGACUUUGUCCAGCUAUCGCAGUACAACGGUACAGUCGGUGGUGAUAACGGUACUGAUAGCCGUGUUUACAUCACGGUUGACUGGGACAAUGCUCCCCAGGCACCUAACACGACACAAGUCAUGAUUAACAUCACGAGUGAUUGCCGUGGCUUUGAGAAGUAUGCUGGUGAAGAGCCAAAGCUGGUUGUGACGGUCAUCAACAGAGAGGUUCCUGAUAGCUUCAAAGAGGGAUUCGUUGAGUCUGAUGGACAUGUUUCCAUCGAAGCAUCACACUAUCAGAAGAUUCACGACGGUGAUUCUGACGACUCCUCUCUCGAGUAUCACACCAUCAAGAACUACGGUCGUACUCUCGCUGGCAUGGGCUUGUAUCCCCUCAACACCGAGAAGCUCAAGAUCGGCGAGGGUCCAGCUCUGGAGUACGACAUGUAUCUCUUCAGCAACAACUCAGUCGUCAACGUGACAGUCUUCAUGUCCCCAGGCGCCAACUACCUCGGCGACCGCAACCCUCUGCAGUACGGCAUCACCCUCUUCCCAGCGGACAAGGAGCAGCCCGACCCGAAGAUCGUCACACCCAUUGGUCCCAACAAGGGAACUAACAUGCCUGAUGGUUGGGGUUACGCCGUUGGUAACGCUGUCUGGGGCUUAUAUGGAAACUACACCACUUCGGCGUUCAAUGUUCCUAAGGAGGGAGCCUAUAAGCUGAGAAUCUGGGCACUUCUACCGAAUAUUUUGAUUCAGAAGAUCGUGGUUGAUCUUGGUGGUGUCAGACAGUCUUAUCUUGGCCCACCUGAGAGUUUCUUGCUCGGACGGGAUGAGAUGGGCAAGUAUAACGGUACCUCGUUCGUGAGCACGCCAGGAAUCGUUGGAGGAACUUUCGACAAAGAGUAA